AUGGCUGACGUCAAGGCUGUUCCCGCGGCGCGCGUCGCCGUCACGGCGCAGUCUGCCACCGAGCUGAUCGGCAACACGCCCCUCGUUCGCCUCAACAAGAUCCCCCAGAGCCUCGGCCUCGAGUGCGAGGUCUACGCCAAGGUCGAGCUCUUCAACACGGGCGGCAGUGUCAAGGACAGGAUAGCCCUGCGCAUGAUUGAGGAGGCCGAGAAGAGCGGCCGCAUCAAGCCUGGCGACACCCUCAUCGAGCCCACGAGCGGCAACACGGGCAUCGGUCUGGCCCUCGUCGGCGCCAUCAAGGGCUACAAGACCAUCAUCACCCUGCCCGAGAAGAUGUCGGCCGAGAAGGUGUCCGUCCUCAAGGCUCUCGGUGCCACCAUCAUCCGCACCCCGACCCAGGCUGCCUGGGACGCCCCCGAGUCGCACAUUGGCGUCGCCCGCCGCCUCCAGAAGGAGAUCCCCAACGCGCACAUCCUCGACCAGUACGCCAACGUCGACAACCCCCUCGCGCACGAGUUUGGCACGGCCGAGGAGAUCUGGUCGCAAACCGGCGGCAACCUGACCGCCGUUGUCGCCGGCGCCGGCACGGGCGGCACCAUCACGGGUAUCGCCCGCGCAUUCGCAAGCACAGCAAGACGAAAAGGAGGUGAAUCGGUCGCGACGCCGCUCCAGUGGGCCGCGCAGCGCUGCCACUACUACACCGUCAAUCUCCUCCUCCAGCACGGCGCCGACCCCCUCAUCACCGAUGCCCAAGGCUACAACACGCUCCACAUUUCGACUUUCAAUGGCAACGUCCUCCUCAUCGUCCUCCUCCUCCAUCAAGGCAUCCCCGUGGAUGUCGCCGAUAGCUACGGGCACACGGGCCUCAUGUGGUCCGCCUACAAGGGCUUCCCCCAGUGUGUCGACCUCUUUCUCCGCUGGGGCGCCAGCGUACACGCCACCGACGAGCAGGGCUUCACGGCGCUGCACUGGGCCCUCGUCAAGGGCUCGCCCGGCUGCGUUCAGAAGCUCAUCGAGUACGGCUCCGAUCGUUUUGCCAAGACGGAGACGGGGAAGACCCCCGAUGUCACAGCCAAGGAGCUCAACACAGUGGGCGCCUGGCACCGCGCGCUGCGGGAGUGCGGGUACGAUGAGGAUGCUCAAGCGAUCGAGCCUCAUUUCCCGGGAGCCAAGUACCUGAGGCAGGAUAAGAGAGGCUUCGUAACCAAAUUCCUCUUCUUCUGGCCGACAUUGACGUUGUGGUCGGUUCUCGGCAUACUGGGAGGCAUGCCCAUCUUGGCCGGUGUCCUCAUCAGCGUGGCGGUCGCAUAUACGUUGCAGUGGUGUGCGCAGAGGGUGCUUGACCAUGCGCCACCGGGCAUGAGACACUUUCACAAGACGCCUUAUCUUGCCGGCAUCUUUGCCGCCACUCUCUUCCUCACAGCCUGGAACUGGAUUUUCACAGUUCUGCCGUACACGACUUUCUCCAAUGCCCCGAGCAAUCCUCACUGGUGGCUCAAUAUUUGUUUCGGUACAUCCUUGUCGCUGUGCGCGUACUUUUACUCCGUCUGCAUGCGCCACGAUCCGGGCUACGUGCCCAAGAUGAAGGGCAUUGCCGAGCAAAAGACCGUCAUUGACGAGCUGCUCGGCCUAUGGAAAUUUGAUGAGGCCAACUUUUGCGUGACGUGCAUGAUCCGGACGCCUCUGCGCAGCAAACACUGCAAGCAGUGCCAGCGCUGCGUGGCGAAACACGACCACCACUGCCCAUGGGUGUACAACUGCAUUGGUGUAAACAACCACCGUCAUUUUUUCCUCUACCUCAUCAGCCUGAGCUUCGGCAUCAUCUUCUACGACUGGCUUCUCUACAACUACCUCAACGAUGUCUCGAUCAACGCCUCCGACAGCUGCAGUAUCUUGUCUCCGACGCUCUGCAAAAUCGUCAACGCAGACGGCUACACGGCCGUUCUCAGCAUUUGGAUCACGGUUCAGCUGACCUGGGUCAGCAUGCUCCUCUUCGUGCAGUUUGUUCAGGUGUCCCGCGCCAUGACGACCUUUGAGAAUAUGUACGGCAUCCGCGACGCGUCCGCCACAUCUGCCUUUACCUCGACCGGCACACCUCUUGACCCGAACCAGGCCGCCCUUGCCGCCCCCGACGGCAGCGUUGCGCCGUCAGCUCUCAGCAAGCACGGCCACGCCCACCGCGGCGGUUUCAUGAAGCAAAUGUUCCGCCUGCUCGGCGUCGAACCCUUCCUUGAGACGGUCCGCGGCCGUGGCGCGGCGACCGGCGGCAAUGCCAAGAACACGCGCCGCAAGAAGAGGAACCCCUACUCGCGCGGCAUCGUCACCAACUGCCGCGACUUUUGGUGCGAUCCCGCGCCGACCUUUGGGCAGCGCGAGAACGGCGCCGCCGUGCUUGGCGGCGAGCCCGUCGAUUACACGGCCAUGUACGAGAGCCCCAGUCUCAUGGAUAUCGGCCGCGGCCGGCGCCGCGGCGGUUACGAGGUCGUGGCCGCCGAGGAGGUGUGA